CGAUUUUUGGCUGAUAUCUGGUUUCAGAAUCUAGCAUUAAUAUUUCCUGUCAGUACUACACGAUUCCUCCUGAAAGAAAAUGCCACAUGUUGAAGUUACCAUGCAUGUUUUUUCUGGUCGGGAAAAUCCAAAAUGGAAAAUUGAUGGAAAUCAUCACAAAUUCGGAGAUAUUGUUGAAAAAAUAGAAAGCCAUGUUCAAAACGACAUGACAACAGGAUUAGGUUACAGUGGCUUCACUGUUCGUCAUGAUAACACAAUAUACAAGAUCCCAAAAAAAUCAAACAUCGAACUUGAGAAGCUUCUACUUCACAGUAGUAACCAUGUCAGGGAAGCCCAAUCAUCGUCUCUUCAACACUUCAUAUCGAAGAGUGUCAUAGAUCAUGUUUUAGGACAUCUGGACGGGAAUUUGGGACAAGAGGGAGAUCUACAACUACCUGCAUAUGAUCCACGUAGUUGGAAUAUUCAAAGUGUACAACCAUACAACAAUUGCUACAACUACGCCAACAAUAUGAAAACCAAUACCUUCGCACAACCGGGAAGAGCGUCCGGUCUUCCAAUGGAAGAAAUUACCGGUGUAGUUGUCCAGAAAAAUGCAGAGGCAGAUGGUUUACAGUUGCAAGUUGUUGCUGAAGAUGGUAACGUCCCGAUAAAUAUUCGCAAUCUUGUUGCGCUUGUCAUAUGGCCAUCACAAGAUUUCCACUGGUUUCGACUUGACAACAAUAACCAAUUCUCACACAAACCAGGGCAAAGUUUCGUUCGUGAUUAUGACGAGGAUCAUGAUAUCAUAACAGAUCCUCGCCAGUGCAAUCUAGGUCCAUAUAAAUUCGUAACAUUCAUGACAACUGUCCCUCAAUUGGUACAUAUUGACUAGAAAGAUAUGCUGGAAAAUAAAUAAAUAAUUUGCAGAGUU